CCAAAAGCGGGAGCCGAGCAGAGCGAGGCACCCAGACCGCCGCGGCCGCACGCAGAGGAGGCGAGAGGAAGCAGAGGAGGCAGAGGAGGAUGGUGGCGAUGGGCGUGGACGACGACGAAGAGCGGCGGCUGGAUGAGCGGCCCAUGCACCAGGGCUGCAUGGCGGGGUUCCUCCACCUCUUCGACCGCCCACAGAUCCUCUCCGGCCGCCGCCUCCACAGCUCGCAGCGCCGCCUCACGUCGUUCUCCAGUGGCUCCGCGACGCCGUCUGAGCGGUCGAUGCCGCUGGAGCGCGCGACGCCGGCGCCAUCGUCGCCGGACAUGACGCCGCCGGCCGCCCCGCGGCCGUCGCUGCAGCUCCCGCCGCUAGACCUCAAGGACGGAGGAGGCGGUGGCGGUUUCGGCGCCGCGCCGUCGUGGAGGCUGCCGCGGCUCUCGCUGGACAGCCGCGCCGUGGUCGACGCCAGGGGCAAGCUCCGGCCGCGCGAGAUCCGGACCUCGGUCGCCCCCGGCGGCGCGCCGCCGUCUCCGUCCGCGGCGGGAGGGGACGAGCGCCGGUCCCCCAGCGUGGUCGCGCGGCUCAUGGGCCUCGACGCGCUACCGCACGGCCACGAGGCGGCGGCCGUCGAGUGCGGGCAGCAGCACGGACACGGCGCGGCGAGCCCGGCCGCGCUCCGGCGGUCCGCGUCCGAGCGCGUGGGGCCGCGGGACCCGGCGCACUUCCGCUUCGUCGACCCGUCCUUUUUCGAGAGGCCGGCGGCGUCGGCGUCGCCGCUGCUUCCGCCGCACAGGCCCUCGCUGGUGUCGUCCACUGCGGCUGCCGAGGAGGCGGCAAUGCGGCGGGCGCCGGAUCCGGCCGUCGUCCCGCGCGCGUUCCAGAGGCGCAGCCGCUUCGACGCGCACGAGGUGUUCCCGGAGCCCGCGAAGCAGCGCGCGGACCCGGCCUCUGGCGGCGGCGCUGCCCCCGGCGAGAUCGCGCUCUACGGCGAGAUUGAGCGGCGCCUCCGCAAGCGUGGCAUCGCGGAACCCGCGAGGGAUCUCGAGACGCUGAAACAGAUACUGGAGGCGCUGCAGCUCAAAGGCCUCCUCCACCACACCCCUCCGCCGGCGCCUGCGCAGGCACAACGCACCCCUCCGCCACCUAUCGUCGUCAUGCGCCCGUCCAAUCGCGCGCCGCCGCCGCAGAUGUCGCCGCCCUCGCGGGGGCUGACUCCCGCUCGGCGGCUACGCGUGGACGUCGACCGCGCGCGCCGCCCUCGCUCGCCGGACCUUGCCGCGUCCCCCGCACGUAGCCCGGCCUCCCCGGCUCGCCGUGGCUCGCUGUCCCCCCAGCGGCGCGUCUCGCCGGCGCAGUCCCCGAAGCAGCAGCAGCAGACUCCAUUCAGGAAGCCAAGCGGAUUCGACUCCGCCGGCGCCCGCUCCCGCAUUGCCCGCCGCGCGGCGCACAACGCCGCGGCCCUGUCCCCCGACGACGAGGCCUCAACCACUUUCUCCGACGGCGGCAGCAGCAGCUCCUUGAGCGCCUCCUCCCGCUGGGACUUCGAGCCGCCGGACUCGAGGACGGACCGCGGCCUGCUAGAGCGGUGCGGGAAGCUGCUGAGCAGCAUCCAGGCUUUCACCGGCGGCGACGCUGGGGGUUCCGACCAGCAGCCUAGCCCCGUGUCCGUGCUGGACGCGGCAGCCUUCCUCGCAGACGAGGACUCGCCGUCAUCGUCUUCGGGGUUGUCAAAACGAGCCAUCGACUUCCGCAGCAGCGUCGGGCUGGCAACGGCGGCCGCAACCGCGGCCGCCACGGUGUCCGACCCAGAGGAGGAUGACGAGUGGGCCCCGUCGUCAUGGUCCGUGGACCCGGAGGCUUGCAGCGACGACCCGGACUACGCGUACGUGGCCGAGCUGGUCCGUCUGCUCGGUGGCGCCCGCCGGACGCGGGACCCAGCCGACGCGUACAAGGCCGCGGAGCAGCGGAUGCGCCAGCGUGGCGGCGGCGGCGGCGACCCCGACGACACGUGGCGGCACCACCGGAAGCUGCUGUGCGGCGCGGUGGCCGAGGCCCUGGAGCGGCAGCGGUCGGCGUGCCCCUGGGAGCCCGCGGCGUGGCUCCGCGGCGCCGAGCUCGUCGCCCACGUCUGGGCCGAGGUCCGACGCGCCGGCGAGCCCGUGGUGGUGGUGGCCCGUGGCGCCGCCGCCGCGGGGGACGCCGCGGACCUCAACGACGUCACCUGCAGCGCCAUCCGGCGCGACCUGGCCGCGGACGGCAGCGGCCCGUGGGGUUGCCAGCAGAAGCAGCGGCACGGCGCGGAGGUCGCCGACGCGGUGCUGCAGAUCGAGCGGCUGGUGUUCAAGGACCUCGUCGCCGACACCAUCCGCGAGCUCGCCGACGCGGACCGGCCCCCCGUGCUGCCGCGCCGGAAGCUGGUGUUCUGAAUUCUGAUCACGCGGUAGGGCAUCGGUGUGACGUGCAGAGCCGAGGAGAAUUUUAAGAGAAGCGAUGAAGGAAGAUUAAUAAUCGAGUUUUGAACUUUUGGUUUGCGUCUCUUUGUACUACCGGCGCCGUCUUCAAUUAGCGAGUGAUGUAAAAUUAUGACCUCUAGCUUACUAUUUCUUUUUUUCUUAACCACGUCUUUAUAAUGUUGUUAUUAGUUACCAGUCUAAUCUGUACCGCUGUUAAUUAGAAGCCAUGUAACGGUGGAUGAUGAUGAUUACGGAGCAGUUUUAAGAACUCCAA